AUGAACUGUCUAGUGAAGGAAGUGUUCUUCAUCAGCAACAUUCUGCAAUUCGAAAUGAUCCACUUCAUCGGCCAGCUGCAGUACUACAUUCACUUCGAAAUCAGCGAGACAUCUUGGGCAGUCUUCGCCGAAAAGGCAAUUAGCGCCCCUGACGAAUAUUUUGAUGAACCUCUCAGUUUCGCAGCUGCAGGAAACGCUGCUGGAAAAGUGACGCAAUGGGAAAUCUCUGGAAAGGACAUCUUCGACCUCGAUUACGAUAUCGACGAUUCCAUCGAGUGUAUUCCAGACCGAAAAACAAAUCGGCCAAAACCCGAAGUCGUUUAUUUGUUCAAAGAUAUGGUGGAUUUCUGUGACACGGCGAACGAUGAAAUGAUGAAGGUGUCGCAUAGUUUGUACGCGGCGCUGCUCAUUCACGAGCCCCUCCACUCUUUGGUGGAGCAAUUCGAGCGCCUCUUUCCCGAACUGCGCCUUUCCGGCUUCCGAGAGAAGCUCGAGCCCAGAUGCGCGUCACUCUUCGCAGCAGAGAGCAUUUCGCUGACGAUGAUCGAAGUUGUCGACUCGUUGCUGUCUGCCGCCUUUCCCAGCGUGGAACUGUUCUUUUCCUUCCUCAUUCCAUUGCUGCCUGCCUCUAACCUGUUACGACCUCAUGCGACCCGACGUUGUUCUCGAGCAAUCGUGGGGAAACGGAAUCCAGGACUUUGCCAUGCCUUACUUUAUCUAGCCGAAGAGCCCGAGCAGCCGAUGAUCAUGGCGCCUCAACUCAUGUUGGCGAACUCUGCACAUAUGCCCGGCAUGGCAGGAGCACCGAAUCCAUUCGGUCAACCUGAGAUUGGGUUGCCUGCCAAACUAAUUCGACAGUGCGCUAUCGGAUUGAGAAUGAAACGAAAAGAGAGUGAUGAAUCCCCUUCGUCUGGCCGAUCUGGACGAAAAGAGAGUGAUGAAUCCCCUUCGUCUGGCCGAUCUGGAAGAAUCAAGCAGCCAGUGAGCGCAGCAUCUGUCAAAACUUCUCAAAAAGAUUCACAAGGAUCGAAAAAUGAGCCCGCUCGAACGAGAUCUUCACAAAUUCAUGUUCAUCUAACCCCAGAAAAAUCACAGGCGACCACGCAAGAGAGCUUGGAAGAUUCUCAAAGACUAUCUCAACUGAGCCGUUACGAGAUGAUGGAACGAGCUGCUGAGUUUUCGCAGCCUUCGCCCUACUUCAAAUCGCCGGAGAAGACUUCUAACAACUCGAAGCUGGCCUCAGAUCUUGAUCCCGACCAACCAACGCCGAUAAGCGACGAUCCCCUGGAAGGAAUUGAAAAAUUGACCCAAGCUGCUCUUGCGUCUUCUCAAUCGUCUGAGAAUACUCUGCGAUCCGAAGAAGGGAUCGCUGGAAUUUCCGUAUCAUUCAGUGGUGAACUAUUCAAUGAUGAAGUGCCUUCGGAUCCAGAGAUCUCCCUCUCCGUCAGCGGAGAACUUUUCGAUGAUGAGCUGCAGCCAAUGGAUACUACGCAGAUUUCCCAGCAAGAAGAAGACGAAGGGAACUCUUCUCAAGGAUCCUCCGUCUACGAAACGCCUGAAAAGAGUCUACCAAAAACGCCCAGUAAGACUGAUCAAUCAGCACCCGCUUCACCUCCACAGCCCCCGAGAAAGCUUCGUCGAAGCCUCUUCAAUGAAAAUCAGGAAGAACCGAUGGAUACCCCGGAGAUAAUCAUGGCGUCCUCGGGAGAUACGACAGGGAGAUCGAAAAAGGUCGAAAUGAAAGAUUCCUGGUCACAGGUUUCUGGAGAGACGCUACGAGAGACUGAAGGGAGAAAAAGAAGGACUCACGAUGUGCAGAACUUAUGCGCCGAAGAGUCUCAAGGAGAGAGGAACCAGACUCAGCGAGUGGGCGAUCUUCUAAACCACUCAGCGCUUGUUCUCGACUCACAACAGUCAGCACAAACAACUCAAGCUCAACAUGAGUCAACAUCGGCAACUCAAAUCCAACCUCGACAAAAGUCACAAGGGACUAACAAAAUAUAUUUCCCGCCUCCCACUUCUUCAACCUUGAAGCAAGCCUCAGCGACACAGAAGACUUUCGACGAGGAUUUAGAUGACGAUUACUUUGCGAAGCUCAAAUCGCCGACGAGGAAUGCUGAUAUAAAGAAAAUUAACAAGCAAGCAGAUCAGGCUAAACAGCAAAAAAGGGUUAAUAGAAGAAUGCCGCGAUCGAGAGCAAAACCAACUCGUGACGAGGUGAAAAAAUCGGUGGCUGAAGCCUGUCGCAAAGCACAAGCUGGCGGAAUUAGUCGACGUCUGGAACUCGCGAGGGCUUUUAUUUCAAGAAGAAACCGAGCACGAGAUUCGAGCGAUCCCUUGAAUCGAGAACUCGAAAAUGCGACUUCUUGGGAGCCAAAAGUACCGAAUGCGAAUUUUUCUCAAAAAAGAGUUAACAGAAAAAUGCCGAGAUCGACAGCAAAACCAACGCGUGAUGAGGUCAAAGAAUCGGUGGCUAAAGCCUGUCGAAAAUUACAAGCUGGCAGUAUAAAACAACGUCUGGAAUUCGCUAGAGCAUUUAUUUUGAGAAGAAAGCGAGAUCCGAACGAUCCCUUGGAACGAGAACUUGAAAAAGCGACUUCUUGGGAGCCAAAAGUACCGAAGGUGAAUUUUUCGAAGCCCGUUCCAGGAUCAUCAAGCCGUUUCAAAAAGCGUCUUCCAGUAGCGGAAAAGCUUGCUAAAGAAAAACCGACCCCUUCGAAAUCUAAAGCUUCAAAAUCCCUAACCAAAGAAUUGAGUGCGAAACCGAAGGGAAAGAGGAAUGACGAAGCGGAGAAUCAACCAACGUGCAGCAAGAAUUUAACACCUCCAGCGAUGCCACAAGAUGUUGAUCUUUCUAGCUUCUUGGACUCGAGCGAGGAUGAGGAAGUUCGUCGAGAAGUUUCGCGAGAAGAAUGUGAUGAAAAAACAAUCAUCAUCAAAGAUGCAAAGAACAUUCAGGGCCGCAUUGGGUUCAGGCUUAACGAAUCGAGCGAAGCAGGAAUCUACAUCAACGGGAUUAUCCCGGGGUCGGCAGCAGAUAAAGCUGGGCUUCGUGUUGGAGAUACUCUAAUUUGCUUCAACGGUGUGAAAUGCUCCGUCAAGAGCAAAAUCAAGCUGUCUAUGCUGCGAAUAGUCAUUGCCGAAACGGCAACGGAAGACUUCGAAUUCAAAGUUAUUCGCGAUGUGUCCGACCAGUAUUCGCAGGAAGAAAACGUUGACACAUCGGAAGUUUCAGACAUUCCAGAUGCAGAGCCUGCAAAAGAAAAACCGGGACCAUCGAAAUCUAAAUCUUCGGAAUCGCAAAGUCAGGAACGCUCGCAGCCACGAGAAGAGCAGGAGUCAGCUCAUAACUGGUCGCAGCAAGUUCUGUUCGAUGAAUCUCCGGAGGAUCGACAAGCUCUAUCGCCUGAAUAUGAUCAGUCCCCACCCGCGCCAAUUGACAGAGAGGACGUUCGCGAAUCUAUGUUUCCCACCUCAAAGAAGAGAAAGCUUCAGACUCCUGAAAAGGACGCGCAGGGCGAAGCAAGCGCUAAAGUUCAAGCAGCGAAAAGGAGCAAGCACGAGAAGGAAAAUAUAACGCCUAAGAAAAGCGCUUCAAAGCCGACGACUCUUACGCCAGCUGUGGAUAACACCAAUGUUCGUCGUCCAGGAAGAGAUGCCCUGAGCGAGAUUUCGGACUUGUCUUCUGCAUUUGAUAAUGACAGUCCAAUUAGAGGCGUCGGAAAGAUGAAGCAAAGUCAAAAGAAAGCUACCAAAGAAAAGAGUGCGAAACUGAGGCAUGACGAACCAACGUGCAGCAAGAAUUUAACACCUCCAGCGAUGCCACCAGAUGCUGAUCUUUCUAGCUUCUUGGACUCGAGCGAGGAUGAGGAAGUUCCUCGACCGCAAAGUCGUCCUCGGAGAAGUAAUAGAUCGCCAACAGCUAGCAUGCCGAAGCUCACCAAAUCACGAUCACCAGAGAAGUCACCAUCGCCAUCUAAAUCAAAAAAGAAGCCGAUUUCGAUGAAGAAAAAUGCUGUAAAAACCAGACGACGGAAUCCGAGGCCAGAAUCUAUUGCUUCGAAUCAACGAGAAGAGUCUGACGAGUCAAGCCGACCAGCUACGCGGGCAGCGUCAAGCCGAAAAGCUUCGCGGGCAGCAUCAAGCCAAAUUACAAAAAUUUGUGCGAAUAAAGAAUUUGCCCCAGUCGUGCAGGACUCAAAAAGAAAGAAUUGGACAGAUGACGAGGACGCCAAGCUGAUUGAGGGCCUCAAUCAAUACGGAAAAGACUGGAAAACGAUCGAGAAAAAGUUUUUCCGUAGAUCGAAGAGGACCAACGUCCAACUCAAAGACAGACACCGUGUGCUUCUCGAUAAAGGCGACCCACGGGUGAAGGAAAAAUACUAA